UUGAAAAGAGAAAGUGAUCAAAAGCAACAGCAGAAGUUUAUAGGAACGUCGUUUAUGCUGAUACAAUUUUCGAGUAAAAUAUUCAAUAAAAAUAGCUUUUCCCGUCCGUAAAUGGUAUGAAGUUGUGCAUCACACUAGACCAGCAGAUUAUAUGUUCUGGUUGAGGUUUUUUCUUUUGAGAACGGAAAAUAAUAGACAGAUGAUAUGUCGACUUGAGCGAGUGAAACGAAAAUUUUACCACCAUUGUUUCGUCUGUCAAACAUUGGAAAUUGGACAGUCACAGUAGUCGUGUGCGGAAGCGAAGAUUGUUGCAUGGGCGACCACUCCGGACCAGUCUUGGGGAUUCCGUUUUGAUUUCGAGGGGUAUGAGAUUAAUCUUUUGAACCACGGUUAGUGAAUUAGCAGAACUAAAGAACAAGGACUCUGUAGAACGCAGUUUCAGGAACGCAAAAGCCUUCGCACUGGGUGAGAUAAAUCUAGGUCAGGUGCUGCCAAUUUUGUUAGCAUUUUUUGCCAACUUGGAGGAAGCUAGCAGGAUUUGGGCGAAGAUCCGCAAGAAAAUGGACGGAAAUAGUGUGGGGAGCGGUGGCGGAGGAGGAAACGGGAACGGUUCUGCCAGUGCAUCCGGAAGUGGAGGACGCAGUAUUCGCGACAGCGAUGACAGUGGCGAAGAGAAUGCCCUUGACCGCUCGAAUGGACGUCAUUCGCGGUUAGAGCUGCUCCUGAAUCCUUCGGUACCGAGUGGAAGCGGUCAAAAAAAAUCUUGGUCCGAGUUGAAAUCGAUAGUUAACGAUAUGAGACGGCAAAUGGCUUCACUGGCCAGUAUGUUUCCGAUGAAUGUCAAUUUUCGAUCGCUAUCGGAUGGACGGACACGAGUUUAUUUUCUUAGUCCACCUGCGUCUAACGGAUGGGAUACGGUGCUUUUCUACACGGAUGUACCGGCCAGCGAAACCGACAAUUGUGCACCUAUGAGACUGGAGUGGAACCCCGUAUUGGAACCAAUAGUGUCCCAUCUGUCCACUAAUAAUUCUCGUGAGGUUCAGCUACUGUUGGAACGCAAACGUCUUUCGAUUUGGGGAAUCACUUCCUACGAGUUGCACAAAUCGAGUGGGAAAAUUGUCUUUCCGGCAUGCAACACUUUGUAUCAGUGUUUGGACACUGGCUACGGCGAGGGGACACUGUUUCCAUCGGAGCUUCGUAUUUUUCAGCGUUCGGCAGCUAUAGACCCGCAGAUUUGUCCCCGGAACUCCGAUCUUGUGGCCUACGUAUGCAAUGGAGAUAUUUGGGUAAUUCACACUGUCAGUGGCCAUAGCGAACGGUUAACUUUUGCCCACGAUGGACGGAGAUCUUUCGCCGAAGAUCCACUAACGGCCGGUGUUCCGUCGUACGUCAUGCAGGAAGAAUUCAACCGUUAUCAGGGUUUCUGGUGGCAACCGAAAAGCGAUGACGAGAUCUACCGAAUAGUGUACGAAGAAGUGGACGAAAGCGACGUCAGUUUGUACACGUUUCCAUCUUCCCAAUCCGUCGGUGGUGACUACGAGGAGUAUCGCUUCCCCCGUGCCGGUUCGGCGAACGCAAAAUCGAAGCUGAAAUUGGUACAAUUUCGCUUGUCGGAAUCGUUGAAAAUUACCGAUGCCUGCAUCAAAGAACUGCAGUGUCCAUUGACCUAUGCCUUCCCGUGGUUGGAGUACGUGGUGAGGAUCGGUUGGACACCUGAUUCGAAUUACGUUUGGGCUCAGCUGAUGAACCGGGUGCAACAGCGGUUGGAUUUGGUACUGAUUCCUUUGGAUAAUUUCUGCGAGCUGUACAGUAGUUCAUCGCCAUCACCGCCAGAAAGUGGUAAUCGCGCAACGCCGGACGCGAAACCAUCCUCGUCGUCUAUUCUUGAGUCUUCCAGUGACUACUGGAAAUCCCCGCUCGCUCGACUGACCCGAUCGAUGCAAGUCAUCUACUCCGAGCAUUCUAGCAACUGGGUAAAUGUUCACGACGUGCUGCACUUCCUCGAAAUCACCGAUGACCGAGUCGUGUUUCUGUGGGCUUCGGAGGAAACUGGCUUCCGACAUCUGUACUUGGUAACGUCUAGUCUUGCCACCGGCGGCAUUACCAUCAGCAAUAGCAGUAGCAUCAGUAGUAGUAGUAGUAGUAGUAGCAGCAGCAGCAGUAGUAGUGGUAAUAACUGUACUGGUGCUGCUACGAGUAACGGCAGCAAUAGCAACAACAAUCACAAGGUCGACAAUAUCAGUCACAACAAUCACUGUCAUCAUAGUAGAGACGGUCCUACGCGUAUCGAAGGUGCCAACAGCAAUAAUCAGCCAAACCGUGCAACGGGACGAACCUUCACGGCGACGCACAUCGAUGGGUGCGGAACACUGGAACCUCGAAUUGUAAAUAAGGUAGCGCUCACCUCCGGCGACUGGGAAGUGUUAGGUCGCAACGUUUGGGUUGACAAACGGCACCAGUUGGUGUACUUCAUGGGACUGCGGCAGACCCCACUGGAGAAGCACCUUUACGUAGUCAACAUGCUGAAACCAAACUGGCUUCGGUUACUCACCGUGCCCGGAUACUCGUUUACGGUAGAGUUCAACGAUGAUUGUACCAUGUUCCUGCAAACGUACUGCAAUAUCCAAACACUGCCCUCCUGGGAGCUGGUACACGUUAAGCAAAACUGCUCGAAUGGAAACGUAGCCGGACUGGAACUGAUUUCGAUGGGAUAUCUGUUCGAGGGUGGACCCUCGGAAAAUACUCAAUUCAAUCCGACCAUCUACAGUCCCCGGCUGACGUCCGGUGAAUCUAUCUACGCUAUGGUGUUUAAACCGCACAAUUUCACGCUCGGGGUAAAGUACCCUACGGUGCUGAAUGUCUACGGUGGUCCAGAGGUUCAAACCGUUAGCAACACAUUCAAGGGUAUGAGACAAUUACGGAUGCACAUGCUUGCUGCUCAAGGAUACUGCGUAGUGUGCGUCGAUUCACGAGGUUCGCGUCAUCGCGGGGUACGAUUCGAAAGCCACAUACGCGGUCGGAUGGGUACAGUGGAACUUGCCGAUCAGGUGGAAGUGUUGAAAAUGCUUGCCGAACAGUUAGGCUACAUUGACAUGAAUCGGGUUGCAAUUCACGGGUGGUCUUACGGUGGCUACCUUAGUCUGAUGGGACUGGUGCAGUAUCCGGAAAUAUUCAAACUGUCUAUUGCCGGUGCACCGGUUACGAGCUGGGAGUACUACGAUACGGGUUACACUGAGCGGUACAUGGAUCUUCCUGACAAUAAUCGGUCCGGCUAUACCGCUGGUUCGGUGCUUAGCUAUAUACACAAAUUCCCGGAUGAGGACAAUCGCCUGCUCAUCAUCCACGGUUUAAUCGACGAAAACGUACACUUCUUCCACACAUCACAGCUCGUGAAUGGUUUGAUCAAAGCCAACAAACCAUACCAGCUGCAGGUCUACCCGAACGAGCGUCACUCGUUGCGCAAUCUGGAAGCGAGCAAACACUACGAAACGAAGCUGUUGUCCUUUCUUCAGAACCACCUGUGAGCCUUUGUUCGGUGGAACCAAUUUUCCAACAGCUGUGUUGUUGCUUUCUUUCCUUCGGUCUCAAUGAUUAUGCUUCCUGCAGUAGUUGGCAUCUGUCGAAAUUUGAACCUCUCCGGGGAACGCUUAUAAUGUAGCAUAUAGAUGAAAGUUUUCGCUUGUGUGAGAGUUGCGUGCGAAAUGCCGCCGAGCAAUCUGUUGUUCUGUUUGUUAUGCUUCGAUCGGAUAUAGGAUGAGAAAAACACGCUUGCACACACCGUAUCCUGCCCCCCUCUCGAGAAUGACUGAAAAUCUGUAUCGACCGGAAGCGCACGCAGUCAUUAGGUUUAGUCCCAGGUGUUCGUUCGCUCUUCGACGAUACGUUUUUUGCUUUGUUUUACGCAGACUGUUAAUACCUCGUAGAAACAAUUAGUUAGGAUAGAUCUUAGGGGCCGUCAUCAGUAAAAUGUCCGGAUGCAAUUAGUUGCCUAGGAGCAGCUAUACGGAUUUUUUUGUUGAUUGAAACCAAAACGCAAUUUGGUGGAAACCGACGCUCUUUUCAAAGUUUGUUUUUUUUUUCUCUACUCCAAUAGCAUCACGUGUGGGCUGUUUGUUAGCAGCAAUGUAUGUAGCGAAUGUGUUAUACUUAUUAUACAAUUGUAAAUCAGUUCCACAAGCAACUGCGAAUUGUGUUUGUUUUUAUUGACGAUUUUAUGUUUUUAUUUAGGUAAAAGCCAAACAAAGAAUGUAGACCAGACAAAGUUUGCGGUUUAAUGAUUUUCGUUCCGAAAAUAUAUUUUUCUAUGAGAAAAGUAGGGCUAGGUUUUGCGUAGGCCAGGAAACCCAACAAUGAUAUGGUUUUUGUGCUUGUGCAAGAACACAACCUUUCUCUCGAGAUCAACAGAGCUAAAUAAUAUAUUUAUUGUGCACAAAAA